GCAAACUUUAACGGUGUCUCCUGGCAAAUUUUGCCUUUCCUUCACGUUGGCGUCGCAAGGAAACCGGGAGACAAAUGGCGACGCCAGCUGCGCCGCGUGGUUCCUAGUAUUAUAUUCCAUUGCCAAGGGCAGGUGCGUCGAGUCCUGCUCUCCGACAGGACAGGAGCGGAGGAGGAGGAGGGGGGCGGCGAGUGGGGAGGAGAAGGCGAGCCCAGCUCUAGCGUUUCCCUUCUUCCACGGCCCGUGGCAGCGGCUCUUGCUGGCUUGCGCUGCUCCCUGUUCUCGGGGUUCCAGCGGAUCCUGAUCUGAGCAUCAUUCAGAGUGGAAGAAAUAUGUUUAGGAGAAAGCAUGACCCUGGUUUCAACUCAAAUGAUGCUGAGCAAAGAGAAGCAAAGAUGCUCAUGCAACAAUCUUCUAUGAGCAGAUAAGUGAACUGAAAGCUGCACUUGGGACUUUGUCUGCCCGUGGCGAGAAGUACUGCAGUGAAGCUUGCUUGAAAAGAUAUCUGGAAGCCCGUAACUGGAAUGUUGCUAAGGCGAGAAAAAUGUUGGAAGAAAGUCUCAAGUGGAGGGCAGCUUAUAGGCCAGAGGAUAUUCGUUGGCCUGAUGUUUCUGUUGAAGCGGAAACUGGUAAAAUGUACAGGGCAAGUUUCCGAGACAGGGAGGGCAGAACUGUUGUUGUCAUGAAACCUACAAAACAGAAUACUUCGUCCCAUGAAGGGCAGAUACGGUUCCUAGUAUAUACUUUGGAGAAUGCAAUCUUCAGCCUACCUGAAGGCCAAGAAAAAAUGGUAUGGCUGAUAGAUUUCACUGGAUGGACAGUGGCCCAUGCUUCGCCCAUAAAGACUUCUAGAGAAACUGCAAAUAUCCUGCAAAAUCAUUUUCCUGAAAGGCUGGCCAUUGCAUUUCUAUUUAAUCCCCCAAAAGUAUUUGAAGCUUUUUAUAAGGUUAUCAAAAUUUUCCUUGAUCCAAAAUCGAUUGAGAAGGUGAACUUCGUGUACCAGAAGGAUGAGGAGAGCAUGAAGGUCAUGUAUAAAUACAUUGAUCCGGAAGUACUUCCUGUAGAGUUUGGGGGCAAGAACAAUGUGGUGUACAACCACGAGGAGUACUCUGAGUUAAUGAUACAAGAUGACAUCAAAACAGCAAACUUUUGGGCGGUUGAUGCGAAAACUGACCACACUAACCCUGCCAUCAAUGGGAACUUGGUUCCUGAGGUUGCACCACAGCCAUCGUUGCUUGCUGCUAAAGCUAGUUGAAGGUAAUAGAAUCUUGAGAGAAAUAAAUAAAAUAAGAAACAUGGUAGACUCGUUCGUCCUCAAUAGUUGUUCCAAUACUGGAAGUUUAUUCAGCAUACAAGGUAUCGCCCAGUUGUUGUACUUAAAUCAUUACUGAAUAAGUACUCCUAUGUGUCAGUGAUUAUCACUUGGAAUAAUAACUAACACAAGCUUAACCAUUUUUUUCUCUUA